CGGGGCAGCAGGGCUGAGGGGUCGGGCUAGCAGGCGAGCCGCUUCUGAAGUCGGCAGGCUCAGCGCGCUUGCGCGGAGCGGCCCUGCGCGCAGAGAGGCAGUGGCGGGGGAAGGCACCGGUGGGGCCGACGGGCGGGCUGAGGAGGGAAGCGGGCGAGCGAAGUCCCAGUGCGCGCCGCGGCGGCCCGGGUACCCUCCCCUUCCGGGCGUGAAGCGCUCCGAGGAAAGCCGAGCGGAGCGGACUCGCCUGGGCGGCGAGGCGCUUCUCGGGUCUCCCAAGACCGGCCUCCCGCGGCUAAGGAGCUCCAGUCGUGGGGCCCGGGUUCCUCAACACACCUAGCUCCAGGCACCGUCAGAGCUUGUCCCCCCCGUCCGUCGAAGUCCCGGCGGCAGCCCGGGGCUCUUGGUGGGGAGGAUGACGGAGCUGCAGUCGGCGCUGCUACUGCGAAGACAGCUGGCAGAACUCAACAAAAAUCCAGUGGAAGGCUUUUCAGCAGGUUUAAUAGACGACAAUGAUCUCUAUCGUUGGGAAGUCCUUAUUAUUGGCCCUCCAGAUACACUUUAUGAAGGUGGUGUUUUUAAGGCUCAUCUCACUUUCCCAAAAGAUUAUCCCCUCCGGCCUCCUAAAAUGAAAUUCAUUACAGAAAUUUGGCACCCAAAUGUUGAUAAAAAUGGUGAUGUUUGCAUUUCUAUUCUUCAUGAGCCUGGGGAGGAUAAAUAUGGUUAUGAGAAGCCAGAGGAACGCUGGUUACCUAUCCAUACUGUGGAAACCAUCAUGAUUAGUGUCAUUUCUAUGCUGGCAGAUCCUAAUGGAGACUCACCUGCAAAUGUAGAUGCUGCGAAAGAAUGGAGGGAAGACAGAAAUGGAGAAUUUAAAAGGAAAGUUGCCCGCUGUGUAAGAAAAAGCCAAGAAACUGCUUUUGAGUGAUGUUUAUUCAAUAGCUAGUAACUUCACUUAUUUCAGGGUCUCCAAUUGAGAAACAUGGCACUGUUUUUCCUGCACUCUACC